AUGCAGGACUACCUUGCCUGUCUCAAGAAGGUUCGAGGAGCGAAUGCGCAUGAGUGCAGGAUUUUGGCGAAGGCUUACUUGAAGUGUCGAAUGGAUCAUAACUUGAUGGCUCGAGAUGAGUUUCGGAAUCUCGGAUUUCAGGAUGAUGCCGUGAAGAGUAAAGCGGGGACGGGGGGGGAGGGCGAGAGGAUCGUUACCGGGGAGAGUGGUGGGCUAGAGGAGUUGAGGCGCAGGAACGGGGAGUUGAAAAAGAAGGAUGCGGGGAAGAGUUAG